AUGGCGAAGAAGGAGGAGCUCACCGGGCGAUUCUCCAGCUGGGCGUCGCACGCCGUCGCACAGUCGCAGCUGGGCGUCGCACUCCUGCUGCUGCCGCUUCUCGCGUGCGUCGUCGUGUGGGGCUCCUUCCGCGCGCGCGCGCCCAUCGCGGAGGGAUGGGGGGGAGCCUCCUUCCGCGCGCGCGCGCCGAUCGCGGAGGGUUGGGGGGAAGCGCGCGCCUCUCAAACGGAGGGCUGGGGGAAAGGCUCUCAUGCGGGUUCCCAAGCCGACCAGUGGAGCGUGAGAGUCAUCGCAAGGGGAGCGGGGGGACGAGUCAUCGCAAGCGAGAACGAAUCUGUGAACGCGGCGGGGAUUGCGGGCGUGAACAGGGCCCGGUGGGGGCCUGGUGGCAGCGAGAUGGGCGCGGGAGAAGCGCGGAAGGGGGCAUCCGAGUCGACUCGCGAGGCAUCGCGCGAGGGGGAGGCGCGAGAAGGGGAGGCGCGAGAGGGGGAGGCGCGCGAGGGGGAGGCGCAAGAAGGGGAGGCGCGAGACGGGGAGGCGCGAGAAGGGGAGGCGCGAGAGUCGACGGCAAGUUUGACGGCCGUUGACGGACAGGCGGAGGGCGUUGACGGACGGGAAGAGGCGGAGGGCGAGGGGAUAGACGGGAGUGUAGACGGAGGGGGGGUGAAGGAGAGAGGGGAGGGACAAGGAACGGCGAGCGAGUCUGCUGGGGGGGUCGAGAGAGGAGGGGAAGACGGUGGCUCGGGUGGUGGGGUAGAGAGAAAUGGGGCGACGGGUGGAGAGGGGGGAGGGAAGGAGGAGAGAAGCAACAUAGGAGGAGGGGACGCGGGAGGAGUGGGAAGAGGGAGAGGAGGGGACGCGGUAGGUACAAGUGCAACGGACAAGAGAGCCGCAGGCAGCAAUGGGGUCAACAGUGGGAUCGACGGUGGCAACUCUGGUGGCAGCAGCGGUGGCGCCGAGGGUGACAUUAACGGGAGCGAGAGUGGUGGGGCACGCAAUGGGGACGGUGGUGGGGACACUGGCAGUGAUUCUAACGGGGGGAAUGGGAGGGCUGUUGGAGGGGCGGGCAUGGCAGGUGGUGCGAGGAAGAAGGGAAGAGGGCGCAAGGAGAAGAUUCAACUGGAUGUCCCUCUCGCCUGCGACCUCUACCGUGGGUCAUGGGUCCCAGACACCAGCCCUCCACUGUACACCAACGCCACGUGUCCCAACAUCACUCGCCAUCAGAACUGCCAGGGCAACGGCCGCCCGGACAGCCAGUACGAGCGCUGGCAGUGGCGGCCCAAGGGCGCGGCGUGUGCGCUGCCGCGAUUCGAUGCAGAGGAGUUCAUGAGGGUUAUGCGCGGUAGAGGGGUGCUCUUUGUGGGGGACAGCGUUGCACGGAACCAUUUUGAAUCGCUUGUGUGCCUGCUGAGUCAGGUGGAGCAGCCGGAGUUUCACGGCAGCAAGUCUAUGCUUCGCCUCGUCUUCCGCUCCUCUAAAGUCACACUCGCUAGAGUCAACUCUGCAUGGCUCGUAGAGGAAGGCAACGACACCGUGCCUGACUGCCCCGAUUCCAUUCCUCGCCUGCACCUCGACCGAACCAGCCCCAAGUGGUUCGGCGAGAUCGGGAGGUUUGAUGUUGUCAUGUUCAGUUCGGCGCAUUGGUUUGUCAAGCCUUCGAUCUACAUGGAGAAAGGGGAGGUGAUUGGGUCGCAGGGUGGGUGGUGGAAGAGAGAUGAGCCGGCGAGGGUCGACAACAAGGGCGCGUUUGCACUUGCAAUUCGCACCGUGUUUCGGGACGUGGUGAAAGAGCUUGGGAAGAAUCCGAACCGAGUGUUCAUUUACCGAACCUUCUCCCCGGACCACUACGAGAAGGGCGAGUGGAACACAGGAGGUUCAUGCGCUGGGCUUACCGAACCUAGAGGCGGCAACUACACCUACAACAACACGUUCGGGCUCAACUUAUACUUGAAGCAGCUGCAAGCUUAUAACGAGGUUAUGGAUGCUGCUAAAGAGGCAGGCGCGGGUGUAGACCCGUUAAGAUUCACCCUGAUGGAUGUGAUGCCGAGUGCAGGCAUGAGGGUGGACGGGCACCCAGGGCCAUACAGAGGGUUGAAUGCAGCGGAAGAGUUGGCUAAGUACAAGGAUUCCAAAUUCCCUCCCCCUCAGGACUGCCUGCACUGGUGCUUGCCCGGGCCGAUCGACUCGUGGAACGUGUUUCUGCUGCAGAUCAUGAAGCGGGGGUUUGCUUCUAUGCAGGUGCAGGGGCAGGGUGGGUAG